AUCCAAACAAAGAAUCUAAACAUUAGGGGAAAAAAGCGCCAGUCCACACAACUGAAGUAAAUGCUUCAAUGACCUCUCAAGUCACUUUUAUGACCUCCCACAUGUUUUUCUUCUAAUUUCAAAUGCACAUUGCUAUGCUUUCUGCUGAAGUGAUGCCUCUCUCAAACGAGUAAGAUGACAGGAGGUGAGAUAUACCCAUUUCCCAAAAUCAAAUCUUUCGUAAGAAUCUGCAUUGUGUUCUUCUUUGUUGUUUCCUUCCAUUAAUUUGACAUGGGUUUUGUUCAGUGUUGUCUCCUUUGACAAUGAGCUUCCAUUAUUGCUUGUGGGUCCUUUUGAUUUUAAUCCCAUGACUUCUCUUUACUCUGAGAUGCAUUUGGGAUGUUAGAAUUCUUUGGGGGAUUUUGAUCUCUGAGUUGGGCUUUUUGAGGGGGAAGCAGCAGAGGAUGAGAGGGCUGCAGAUAAUCUCUCUCUCAUGGGUUCUCUUCAUUGCAUUUGGUGUUUUAGGCAUCCAUGGAUCCAGAGAGUGUUGAAAUUCAGUUCGGCAGCAUAUGCUUAAUUCCAGUGCUUGGGCUUGAUAGAGAUGAAUGUGGAACAAGACAUUCUAUCAGAGCAUCAAUUAGUUCUCCCGCUGACUACAUAAAUAGGUCCGGGAGGUUUGUUGCUCUACCACCAAGUGAACUAUCAAGCCAUGUAUACCCUACGGAUCGUUCACAUUUAAAAGGACCUAUUUCAGUGCAAAGUCCUGCACAUCAUUCCCAUGCUGCUUCCACUUCACGUCCCCUACCUCCGGUAGAAAGGAUAUUUCACAGCCCUGCAUUAGCUCCUGCUUUUGUACUCUCUCCUUCUUACCUCCCAGCUCCUUCACAUCCUCUACAAGUAAUUCAGAGAAAGGGGAGAAGGCACCGUGCUUCUCCUCCUUUCAUUCAUGGCUCUUCUCGCUCUCCUAUCAAUGCUCCGUAUCCUUCAGCUAAUAACGAAAGGGCCCCGGCACCUUCAUCAACAUCAACAGCUUUUCAUAUGCAUGCACCCAUUAAUCCGCCUGUGGUUUCUCCUUCUGGAUCUUUCUCAAAGAAUCAACCAGCGCCAUGGCCACAACCUGUUAAAUCAUUGCCACCUCCGCCUCCUAAUCUCGAUUGCAGCUCUACUUUUUGCACAGAGCCUUUAACAAAUACGCCCCCAGGGACUCCAUGUUCCUGUGUUUUGCCCAUGAAAGUUGGACUUCGAGUAAGUGUAGCAUUAUAUGCAUUCUUCCCUUUAGUCUCGGAGCUCGCCCAGGAAAUUGCAUCUGGAGUUUUGAUGGAACAAAGUCAGGUUCGAAUUAUGGGAGCAAAUGCUGCCAGUGGUGAGCCUGAGAAGACCAUUGUAUUGAUUAAUCUAGUGCCUCGUGGAGAAAAGUUUGAUAACAACACAGCAUUUUCAGCCUACAAGAAGUUCUGGCACAAACAAUUCUCCAUAAAAACAUCAUAUUUUGGGAAUUAUGAUGUACUGUAUGUUCUCUAUCCAGGUUUACCUCCAUCUCCACCUGCAGCCCCGACACGAGCAUUUGGUUAUGGAAACAACCCAGUGAUAAUACAUCCGUUUGCAGUUGAUGUGAAUAAACCAAAAGAAAAACAUAGCAGUAGCUUAGCUGCUGUUAUCGUUGUUUCAUGUAUAAUGACCCUACUCCUCUGUGUCGGAAUUGCUCUGGCUUUGUUUCUUAGAAAUAGUUAUUACAAACAUCAGACCAAGCCAGUUCUUCUUACUUCACUGCCAACCUUUAUGAAAUCAUCAGGGGCUGGAUUCUCUAGAUUUGGAAGCAGGCUCAGCUCAGGAUCAGUUUCGAUGAGUUCGAGUAUUGCAACUCAUAUAGGCUCAGUGAAAACAUUCAGUUUAUCAGAAAUAGAAAAUGCUACAAAUAAUUUCAACGAUUCUAGAAUAAUUGGAGAAGGGGGCUUUGGGCUUGUGUAUGAAGGUACUCUCAAAGAUGGAACUCAAGUGGCAGUAAAGGUUCUUAAGAGAGAUGAUCAACAGGGUAUAAGAGAAUUCAUGGCAGAGGUUGAGAUGCUUAGUCGCUUGCAUCACAGAAACCUAGUCAAGCUGCUUGGUAUAUGCACAGAGGAAUACCUCCGCUGUUUAGUUUAUGAACUCAUUCCCAAUGGCAGUGUAGAGUCUCAUUUGUAUGGAGGAGACAAGGAAAUCACCCCACUCGAUUGGAAUUCUCGAAUGAAGAUUGCACUUGGUGCAGCUCGCUGUCUAGCCUAUCUUCAUGAAGAUUCAGACCCUCAUGUAAUACAUCGAGAUUUCAAAUCUAGCAAUAUCUUGCUGGAGUACGAUUUUACACCCAAAGUUUGUGAUUUUGGCCUGGCAAGGGCAGCAUUGGGUGAACAAAACGAGCACAUUUCAACACGUGUUAUGGGAACUUUUGGUUAUGUGGCACCUGAGUAUGCUAUGACGGGGCAUCUCCUUGUAAAAAGCGAUGUUUACAGCUAUGGAGUUGUCCUUCUUGAGCUUCUCACGGGUAGAAAGCCAGUGGACAUGCUGAGAUCUCCCGGGCAAGAAAAUUUAGUUACAUGGGCUCGUCCUCUUCUCACAAGCAAAGAAGGGUUAGAAGCUAUUGUAGACCCAUCGCUCGGCAAUAACUUCUCAUUUGACAGUUUGGCGAAAGUUGCAGCCAUUGCCUCAAUGUGUGUCCAGCCUGAAGUCUCUCAGCGGCCAUUUAUGGGUGAAGUGGUCCAAGCCUUGAAGUUAGUGUGCAAUGAGAACUCGGGCAGUUGCAGUCAACAGGAGUUAAAUGUUUCAGAUAGAGAAAUAAGGAUCAGUAGAGAUUUAGGUCUUGAAGAAGAAACAGUGAUAUCAGUAUCCGACAUGUUUAGUAUAUCGGAAAGAUAUAAUAGGGAUGAUUCAAGUUCUGUUCGCAUGUAUUCGAGCUCUGGUCCUUUGAGAACAGGCAGAAGUAGGCAGGUAUGUCAAGGCGUAAAAGGUUUGUCUAGUGGAAGCAUGAGUGAGCAUGGGACUGGAAGCAAAGGAUUGGGUUGCAGUCAAGAAUGGCUAUAAAAGAUGGACUCCAGAGUUAAAUCACCAGAUUGCGGGUAGACUACCUGUAGUUCUAUUGUUGGUUGCAGAUAGACCCCUGAGUUAAAAUUUUGUGGCUCGUUUACCCCUCAGGAGGUCUUUCAGAAAAAAGAAUUUCUCUUUCUCUGACGGUAAAUCGUCAAAAAGCACUCAGGGGUUCUAUCUGCGACGAUAAAACUACAGGGGGGGUCUAUCCACAGUUAGGCGAAAGGAUCGAGUUAAACAUUAAAUCUAUAGAUAAAAUAUCAGUCAUGGGGAAUAAGUGUUUCUUAGGCAAUAAAGAGGUGAUUUAUAGAGGGAUGAGAGUUGGUCCUUCAUCAGUUAAUAUUGGAUGUGUGAUUCUUUUGGAUUUCAAUAAACCUGCCUACUUAAGUAGCAGUUGGUAUGUUUGAAAAUACGAGUUUUGAACUGGGGGUGACCAGCUUUUGUAAUUGGAAUAAAUAAAAGUUUCUAGAGCUUGAAAUCUUCGUGAAUCCUUGUAAAUAUACAGAGUUCCUGACUAGGAGAGGUAACAUUUAUCUCCACUGUUAUUCAUUGUAUCUUUAUUACUUGCGUGUUCUUUAAUCUGUAUUAAUU